CUUCGCACUUGGUCGAUGGACAAAUAAAUACACCAGCUGUGGUUCCUCGACAAGCAAGAGCCUGGUAAGGUUGCUGUCAUGAAGUGAAGAGCCGUCUCUAGGCAUCGAUCUGUCCUGCUCCCACAACCGCUCUUUGUCGCGUUUGUAUGCGGAGAUUGCUGCCAUCUCCAACCCACACUAAUACUAAUACUACUACUACUACUACUACUUCUACAAUCAGCAUCCCAUCACCAUACUCCAUGGGCUGUCCUCCCUGGUCUCUCGCAUUGCUUGUUUCUCUUAUGCCUAGUUCUUAACUGCCCACAUCGGUCCACCCCGUGAGCACUUCUGUUUCUGUUUGAACUCUACAACGUCAUCAAACCCGGUUUUUCUUUACCCCCACAGCCUCAACAUGUCUGACCAGGCCAUUCUACGCAUUACACGAGAAAUCAAACAGCUACAGCAAGGCACUGCAGACCUGUCACUCGCCGUGGCCUGUCAGGAAGCUGAUAUCAGAAACAUCAAUGCUCUCAUUGUUGGACCGCCAGAAACUCCCUAUGAAUUUGGCUUUUUUGAGUUCAACGUCAAAUUUGGCAAAGACUACCCAGCAAAGCCUCCUGCUGUCCGCGCUCUCACUACGAAUCAUGGGCGCUGCCGUUUCAACCCUAACAUCUAUUCUUCUGGGAAAGUUUGCUUGUCUAUUCUUGGAACAUGGCGGGGAGAGCGCGGCGAGCAGUGGUCGUCUGCGCAAGGUUUGGAAUCCAUUCUCAUCUCCAUUCAGAGCUUGAUGUCGUCAAACCCGUAUGAAAACGAGCCGGGCUAUGAGAAUGCAAAGUCUGGCAGCGAUAAGAAGAACAUGAAAACCUAUGUCGCUAAGAUUCGACACGAAACUCUGCGAAUAGCCGUUAUCCAGCCUCUCGAAGCGUCGCUGGGCAUUCAGCCGGAUGGCUCGAUUCUUGCACCGCAGGUCGGGAACGGAUCUGACGCCGAUGAAGACCCGCUACUGCUUGAAGAUGAACUACAAUUCCAGCCCUUUGUGGAUCUCCGCAAGAGGCGUUUCCUCUGGUAUUUUGAAUCCUACAUGAAUGCCAUCAACGCGGAUGAACCGAACGUGUCAAAGAACGCCAAGUUCGAGAAAAUGCCCUUUGAGAGUCCUGGGAACAUAAUGGACGGGCAUUUCAACUACCCGGAGUUGAGACGACGAUUGAUUUCCGUGAAGAAUGCGAUCAUUAAUGAGACUUGGAACUGGGCGAUGGAGGGACGCGAUGCCCAGCAACACGAGAAAUUGAUUGCGAUGAACCUACAGCGCCAGUACGAGCAGAUCGUUGAGGACCUCAAGAACAAGAAGAACUUCACGAUUAAUCUAUCCCUGGUGGAUGGUAACAGCUUCGUAUGGAGCCUCACAUACUUUGGCCGACCCAUGACGCAGCUGGAUGGCGGUAUCUUCAAGAUCAAGAUCUGGCUGAGUCCGCGUUUCCCUGAUGAGCAGCCUCGCGUUUUCCUCCAGACUCCUCUCUUCCAUCACCGUGUAUCGAGGGAGGGAGUACUCUGCUAUUUUCCAGAACGAAUGGAAGAGAUGAGGUUCCAUAUCGAUGCAAUCGUGUCGGCUUUGGAGGAAGAGACUCCACCAUAUGAUCCUCGCACAACCGUAAACCCAGAGGCGUCCAAGCUCUUUUGGUCUAACCCAGAAAGCCGAAAGAAGUACAACCGCGAGCUGCGGAAAUCAGUUGAGAGAAGUGCUGAAGAGGCAUAUGUGUAAAAUAUCUGCCAAUCCAUCUAGACAGGCUUCACAACCACCCAUAUGCUCAAACAGUUUUGUCUGUCACAUCCAUUAAAUUCAACCAGGUUUUAGGAAUAUCGCAGCUGAUUCCUGUGAUUAUUGAUUUUAUGUUUUUCCCUUUCUAUCAGACGUGCUACAUAUUUGCUAGAUGUGGGAUUUAGACUGGCGAGGUGUUCAGGACAAUAUAGGUGCCUUGUCAUUUGCGUGUUUUGUUCUUUUUUUUUUUCAUUUUUAUGUUUUCUUUCUUCCUUGCCCAAUCAUGCAGGGCAAAGCUUCAGUUGAAGACUUAGGAAAUGGGUAUCAUGGCUAGAGAAUCAAGAAAUAAUUAAUGGUAAUCACGAGGUGGUGAACAAGUUGGAAAAUGUCCUCUGUUCGCAAUAUUGGGCCGUAUGCAGUCUGAGAAAGCCAACACAAAUUGAUUCCUGGUGAA